AUUAUUGUCAAAAUAACUAAUUAAAAACAACCUAGGUUUAGCAUUUAGCAAGAUCCUUUAUAUUUAUCAAAUAACAAAAUAAUAGUACAAUUAUAUUUAUAUAACAAAUAAUGUAUUAGAUAUAGUGUUGUUUAACGUUACUGUUUUAGCAUUUGUAUUUUUUGUUAUUCGGGCUUGUGCUUUAGAAUUUUCGUACCCUUGAAAUGUUUAGCCCAGACAUACAUGAUUACCAGCUCACAUCGAUUAUAACGGAGUGUUGUGGGGGCGAGGCGGUUGUGUACUCCGCCUUGUACAAGCCGACAAACAUCAAUGUGGCGAUCAAGAGAUAUUUUGUUGACAAAGAUAAGGAAAAUGCUAGUUUGAUUCAGCAAGACAUCUUGACCAGAAAAGAGUUGUUGCACCCCAACAUCCUGCCGUACCUGGCGUCUUUUGUACACGGAAGAGAACUGUAUGUUGUGUCACCCCUCAUGACAUUUGGUUCAUGCCGUGAUAUCUUGGACCAAUACUUUCCAGAAGGUCUUCCAGAGUUAGCGUGUGCAUUAAUUUUGAGAGAUGUUUUACAAGCAUUACAAUAUUUGCACAAACAGUUGUUUAUACACAGGAGCGUUAGAGCAAGCCAUAUCUUGGUGGGUCCAAACGGUGUCUGUCGCCUGUCAGGGCUUCGCAGUGCCGCGUGCCUGGUGGUGCGCGGGCAGAGAGCGCGUCGACUGCACCACCUUCCUCCCCCAGACUAUGACAACUCCAACCUCAUGUGGUUGAGCCCUGAGGUGCUGGAGCAGAACCUGAAGGGCUACGACUCCCGCUCGGACAUCUACUCGGUGGGCGUGGUGUGUUGCGAGCUGGGUAACGGCUGUGCGCCGUUCGGCGGGGUGGAGCGCACGCUGAUGUUCACGGAGAAGGUCCGCGGCCGCCGCCCGCAGCUGCUCGACUGCACCACCUUCCCCGAGCCCUGUCUGCAAGACGACGACACCAAGAGUCUGUACAACACGGAUAGUGGUGUGGGUGACAGCGCGGACGCGGUAUCGCGCCUGCGCCAGGUGUACGCAAACCGGAAGCUCUCGGAUAACUUCCAUCAUCUCAGCGAGAUGGCGCUGCAGAGAGACCCAGAGAAGCGGCCGUCAGCGACACAGCUUCUGAACCAUGCAUUCUUCAAGCAGAUCAGGAAGACGGACUACCUGCCCGGACUGAUUGGACGAGUGAAGCCCAUCAAACCUGAUCUAGAUGACAUGUCAGCUCUCUUACUGCAAGAACAAAUGUCGGAGAUGGACAUAGAGAAGACCACCGAGUGGGACUUCUAGUAUAAAGGAUUUAGGUUCGAUUCUAGAUCACCAGGAUACUAUAGAUUUCCUCAUAUAGAUAUUUUGAACACUGUAUUGACAACAAGGAACUCAUGGUUGUUGACUACUACAAGAAAAGCAAGGUAUAAAGAAACUAUAGGAGAUGCACUGGUUGCGUCUCUGUGUACCUUAGUGGACACAGGCAUGAGCUUAUAUAAGGUGUUUAGUAUGUUCCUCCGUAAAUAUAUAAUAACUCUAAAUAAACUUAACUGACAUCAAUUCAUCUAUUUGGAAGCUACGACACUACACACACGGAUACACACGUUCAAUUUAUAACACCUCAAAUUUUCUAUUUUAUUCCAAAAGUAUUUUUUUUAAAAUAAAUUUAAAAAAAAUACUUUUGGAAUAAAAUAGCAACAAAAACUCGAUUAAAAAGUGAAAAAAACAACAUUGCUAUAUCAAUUUCAAUAGGCGUAUAUUCUUUAUAACUAAUAAGUACUAGAUAAUAAUACCAAUACUAUGCAAAUUUGGAUAAGAAAUAGACACAUAUUUUUGUAAAAGAACACAUUACUGCCCCACUGUUGGGCCUCUACUUUUGAAAGUAAAAUGACUAGCUUGUUUGCUAUUUAUAGAGCACGUUAGAGAACAUUAUGUUUUUAAUCGUUUGUUGUAUCAUAAAUAUGAUGCUUAAGCCGCGUUUUUAUUGUGCAAGUACUUUCAUAUGACGUCACAAUUUUAAAAGUUAAAAACAACGUACAUUAAAUUGCAGCUUGCACACAUAUUUAUGUUUCCAUUUCUCAACGCCUGGAAGUUACAUAAUGGAAAAGAUUUUACUUUCCCCCUCAAUAAAUAAAUUAGUAAAAGUGAUAAAUACUGAACUAGAAAUAGAGUCUAUAUCAAACUCUGAUGAUACUAUUUACAACUAGCUAAUUAUUGGUAAUGGAAAAUAAACUUUAAUGUGUUCUAAAAUGACAGAUUAUUGUUUAAAUUCGACCCAAUGUUAAGACCCAUAGACAAUGUAUUUUUUUUAUUUCGUCUGUGCUUUUAUUUUUUAAACAUGACUAUUGUCUUUCUACGUUCCGAGUUCCGUUGUCAUAUUUCAAUUUUAGGCAAAACUAUCCUAUUUUCGAUAUCUUGUAAACAUGGUUUUAAUUUGCAUUACAUGUAAAGACGAUUUUACCAUCAACGUCUAAAGUUUUCAAAUGUAUGUACUUUGAAAUAUUGUUGAAUUAAUAUUUGAUUUUUCUUUGUAAAGGCACAUUUUCGAUGGUUAUUAACUGUCGACCCCCUACAAUAAAGUUAAUGGUUUCCGUAUACUGUCCCUGUGGGAUAAGUAAACAGAAAACCUCCUGCACCCCGAAUACGGGCUCUAAUGCCAAUCAAAAUGAGCCUUGUGCGACCAAAUUUAGAGUCAAAGUAAAAAUCAGAUAAAUACGAAUAAGCGGAAAUGUCUAGGAUGGCAUUAACGAUCAAUAAAUGAGUCAGGCGCAAAAACUGCAGCAUUAUCUUGAGAAAAUUGUGUGUUUGGUCACACUUCGAAGCCGUAAGUACCAUAGGGCAUUGCUUCAAAUGAUGCACUAUAGCUUGACCAGAAAAAUAAAAUACCUCCUGUAAGAGCCACUAUUCCUUUUUGAGUUUUAAUGUCAGUAUAAGAAUUUAUUUCCAUACUUUAACACAACGUGGCGCGGUUUUUUUUAUUUUCUCGUCGAGCUCUAAUCCUUUUGGUCUAAAAAUGGACACAAAUAAAGUUGCAAAUAUAAUUCCCAGAGAAUGAAGAGAGAAAGGACCAAAGAAGUGAAAUAAUUUAAUGUACCUUUCUUAAGGUAUUUUUCUAGCUACGUUUACAACCAACGAUACACCUUUAUUAUAGGGGCAGGUCCCCAUAUCUGUAGGGGCCCUGAAAUGGUAAAACCCUGGCCCUUUAAAUUUCGCAAAAUAUAAAAAUCCAAAGUGAGAUUCUUUUGACUUGUAUAAAAAUCUAUUAACUGUAUGUCCCUUUUUUGAUUAAUAAAAGCUUGCUGCAUAUUUCGUGUCAAAAAGCCCCGCUACACUAAUAUCUAGACUAUAUGUUUAAUAUCAAUGAAUAAACUUCAAAAUACCAAAAAAAAUACUAUAUGGGUAUACGAUAUACCGGAGACGAGUAUUUCGCAAACAAUUAGAAUAACACAUUACCUUAGGGACCCGACAACGGCAUUUUACGGCGCAGUCAUAUUUUUAUAACUUACAUCAUAUUGUGGGCUUUGUAUUUGUUAUAAAUAAAAAUGUAUGAACUUGGGUUUAUAUUUUUAACAAAUUAGGACUAGUAUAGUUUAUUGUUUGUCAUAUAGUUGUCAAUAGUAAAUAUAAAAAAAAAAUAUCGCAAGAAAUUAAAAAUCCCAGACAAUCCACAUGCCGAAUCUGAUUUUAUAAGUCCCCUUUUGUUUUGUAUUUGCUAUUACUCGACAUUGGCAAAAUCACAGAUAAGUAAGCGGUGGCAGCCAUAAUAUAAAAGAAGAAAAAAGAACUCAUCACAAGAAUGUUUUGUCUUUUAGAUGGAAAUUGAAAAUGCAAGCCCCUAAAAUGCAUUGUACGUUCCUGAUCUUUGUGUAGAAGCGAAACAGUUGUAAAAUGCAAAGUAAUGAAAAUGCCGUUAUGACGCGAUGUCAAUAGUUUUAGAGCAUCUCCACUGUGAUCAAUAGAGAACAAUUUUAUUGUU